CCACCACACUCACUUCAGCAGAGAUCCGCAGAACGGCACACUAGGGUUUCCUCAGAACCAAAAUCCCCUCCUCCAUACCAAGCAAGCUCGAUCGAGACCCCAAAGGUGAAUCAUGUCUGUCUCUCGCAAUGACAUAGAGUUUUUGGAUAAGGACUUGAUUGGACUUGAAGUCCCGCACAACGAUGCACUUGUUGUGAGCAUGAUGGUGGCUAACACUAAGCUGGACAAGAUUUUCUGUACCACAGGCUUCUCCCACAGUAUCAUUUACCUUUCCACUCUUGAGCGAUUGGGGAUCAGCAAGAAAGAUAUUAGCCCCCAGAAAGAGACUCUGAGGGGCAACUUGGGGGAAGAACUCAAGUCAGUGGGAAAAAUAACUCUCAAUGUCACAGCUGGUGAAAGGCCCCGAUUUCGUACACUCGUGGUGGAUUUUUUGGUGAUGGACACCCCUUCAGUAUAUGACAUCAUUUUUGGGGCAAAAGGGUUAGCUGAUAUGAGGGCAAUAGCCUCAACAUACCAUCUAGUCAUCCGCUUCUGGACCGAAGCUGGAGUUGGAGAGGUCAGAGGAAGUCAGAAGAUAGCUAGAGAAUGUGAGAAGGCUCUCUUGGAAGAAGCAAGGCGCAAGGACCCUUCAAUCAAAAAGGUGGCAGUGGUUAUGUAG